AUGGCGGCGCGCGGGCUCGGCCUAGGGAGCCGUGGCCGGCCUUGCGGCGGUGGCGGAGGGCCAGCCUGGGGGCGACACAGGGUCAGCGGCGGAGGUCCGGUCUGGGGCCAGCCUGGGGGCGACACAGGGGCAGUGGCGGAGGUCCAGCCUGGGCUCGGCGGGGGCUGCGGCGGAGAUCCGGCCUGGGGGCGGCGGUGGAGGACCGGCCUGGCUGCCUGUUGCUAUCCGGCCGGGGGAGCUGCACGCGGCGCCGUCGCCUGA